AUGAGGCACACAUUGGCCGCAGGUGGGGGUGGGGCCCGGACGCGUGGGUCCCCGCGGGGGGGGCAGGGUCGGGCAGCCCGGACGCCUGGGUUCUCGGCGGCAGCGAGAUGCCCCCUGCGUGGCGCGGCGUGGGGCGCGGGGGGGGGGGCCGUGGCCCUGGCCUUGGCCUUCCUCCCCCCCCCCCUCCUCCUCCUCCUGCUGGUGGUCCCGGGGGGCUCCUACCGCCCCGUCGUCAUCGUCCACGGCCUCUUCGACAGCCCCAGCGACUUCCGACACCUCCGCGCCUUCAUCAACGAGAGCCACCCAGGGACGGAGGUGACGGUCCUGGACCUCUUCGACCGGGGGGCAUCGCUGCGGCCGCUGUGGGUGCAGGUCGAGGGGUUCCGCCGCGCCCUCGCCCCCAUCAUGGCCAACGCUGCCGACGGCGUCCACCUGCUGGGCUACAGCCAGGGGGGUCUCAUCUGCCGGGCGCUGCUGGCCACGAUGCCCGACCACAACGUCCACAGCUUCAUCUCGCUGGCGGCCCCCCAGAUGGGGCAGUACGGGGACACUGACUACCUGAAGUGGCUCUUCCCCCGGCACAUGAAGUCCAACCUCUACCGGCUCUGCUACACCCCCCUGGGCCAGGGCGUCUCCAUCUGCAACUACUGGAACGACCCCCACCACCGUGAGCUCUACCUAAACAGCAGCGACUUCCUCGCCCUCCUCAACGACGAGCGGCUGCACCCCAACGCCUCCGACUGGAAGCGGAACCUGCUGCGGAUCCAGAGCCUGGUGCUGAUCGGGGGUCCUGACGACGGCGUCAUCACGCCCUGGCAGUCCAGCCUUUUUGGUUUCUAUGACGCCAAUGAGACGGUGCAGGAGAUGCGCGCCCAGGCGGUUUACCUGCAGGACACAUUUGGGCUGAAGACGCUGGAGGCACGGGGGGACCUGGGGGGCUGCGCCGUGCCGGGCGUGGGGCACACGGCCUGGCACUCCAACCGCUCGGUCUACGAGCACUGCAUCCGCCCCUGGCUCACGUAGCUGGGGGGGCCGGGGGGGCUGUGGGGCUGGGUAGGGGGCUGGGAUGGAGCUGGAAGGUCCUAUGGGGGGCUGUGGGGCUCUGGAGGGGUCAGGGGUGGGCUUAUGGGGUUGUAGGGGGGGCUAUGGUGCUCUAGGGGUCAGGGGUGGGGUUAUGGGGCUGUAUAGGGGGGCUAUGGGGCUCUGUAGGGGUCGGGGGUGGGGUUGUGAGGCUGUAUAGGGGGGUCUAGGGCUGUACAGGGUCUCAGUGUGGGUUAUGGGGGUAUAUAGGGGGCUGUGGGGCUGCAUAGGGGUCAGGGUAGGGCUACAGCAGCACAUAGAGGGAUUGUAGGGUUGGGUGGGGGUCUGGGGUGGGGCCCUGGGGGAGGCAUGGGGCUAUAAGGUCCUAUAGGGGGGUCUGUGGGGCUCUAUAAGGGGCUGGGAUGAGGUUACGGGGGUCUAUGGGGCUCAGUAGGGGUCUGGGGUGGGAUUGAGGAGCCAUAAAAAGGGGGCUGUAUAGGGGCUGUGGGACCCUAUAGGGGUGUGGGAGGGGCCCCAGGUCCAUAUAGGGAGGGCUAUAGGACCCCAUAGGGGGCCUAUAGGCCAGUAUUAGGCUCUGGUGUGGGGCUCUGGGGCUCUAUAGGGAUUGGGGGGGCUGAGCUCACACAUGGGGCCUAUGGGGGGGCUCUGGGUCAGUAUUAGGGCUGGGGGGGGCUCUGGGACCCUAUAGGGGGCUGGGAGGGGGCCUCGCUGUGGGGUCCCCCCCAUUAACCCUUCUCUGCCUGGGUUCCCCCACCCAGACUCAGGGACUUGGGGCAGGCACCCCUGCCCUAUGGUGCAGUGGGGGGGGGGUACACCGGGGGGCCCCCCCAGACUGGCCCAAGGGGGCCCUGGCGUUUCAGGGGGGGGGCCGCAGCCAAUAAAGCACUUCCAACCCCCCCCC